AUGGACUCGAAUGAUAAAGACCAGUCUCCACUCAUAUUUGAUAUCCAGGCGAAAUGCUCAUACACAAAGGGCAGAGUGUCACAUAUGCGACUACCACAUUACACUGCCCAUACUCCCAUGUUUAUGCCUGUCGGGACAUCUGGAUGCAUGAAAGGUUUAACAACUGAGCAAAUGGAACAGCUUGAUUGCCAUACUAUUCUUGGAAACACUUAUCAUUUGGCAUUACAGCCAGGAAAAGAGGUGUUGAAUAAAGUGGGUGGACUUCACAAGUUUAUGAAUUGGAAUCGGGGCAUGCUGACAGACAGCGGCGGUUUCCAGAUGGUAUCACUAUUGGAGCUAUCCGAGAUUACUGAAAAAGGUGUUCAAUUCAUGUCACCAUUUGAUGAAAAGACAAUGACGUUAUUGACACCUGAACAUUCAAUUGAGAUUCAAAAUGCAAUUGGAGCCGACAUUAUUAUGCAACUUGACGAUGUUGUAUCGUCGCUUGUUACAGGACCAAGAGUGGAGGAGGCCAUGUGGCGUAGUAUUCGCUGGCUAGAUCGAUGUUUUUCUGCCCACGCCAAACCUAAAACACAAAGCCUGUUUCCAAUAAUACAAGGUGGAUUAGAUGAGCGUUUGCGUCGAACUUGUAUUCAGGAGAUGACCAAACGCAAUGCAAAUGGGUAUGCUAUUGGCGGGUUGUCAGGCGGGGAAUCCAAAGACACGUUUUGGAGAAUUGUCUCGCUGUGCACAGAUUUAUUGCCAUAUGACAAGCCGAGAUAUUGUAUGGGGGUAGGGUAUGGCGAAGAUUUGGUUGUAUGCUCUGCUUUGGGCGUAGACAUGUACGAUUGUGUGUUUCCGACUAGAACAGCACGAUUUGGGAAUGCACUUACAAGAUCAGGAGCAUUACGUUUGCGUAACCAGCAAUAUCAGCGGGAUCAUAGACCCAUUGAAGAAGAUUGCGUAUGCUUUACUUGCAAGAACCAUACAAGAAGCUAUCUGUACCGCUUGAUACAUGCACGCGAAACAAUAGGGUGCCAUUUACUUAGUAUUCAUAAUAUUGCAUACCAAAUGCGACUAAUGAGGGAUAUUCGGGCCAGCAUCACACGGGAUGAUUUUCCAGCAUUUAUUUGCGAGUACAUGCGCAUUUAUUAUAAAGGAUCCAAAAGUGUAUCAAUAGAAGAGGAGAGAAAAGCAGAAAAAGACAAGGAUCCAGGCAAGAUAAUUGGAGCAGAUGGAUAUCCGGUUUGGAUCACGAAUUCACUUGCUAGUCUGAAGAUCCGAUUGGAUUGA